UGCUUUGCACACGUGCUUCUCCUUCUCUUUCUCCAUUGCCGCUAUUGUCUGGUCAAUUUGUAGUCAAUGUUUACACAGUGAAGGUCCUUCUAUAUUUCUGAUCCACUUAUUUCCGUAUAUUUUCCUGGACAAAGAAAACGGAAACCUAAUGUUUGAAUUUGCACCAACAAAAUCUCAAAGUUUCUUCGUUUAUGGGACAAAUGGAGGGACUUCCGUCUUGAUAUUACAAUGCAGAGUGGUACUGGACAGAGAAUCUGAAGAAUCAGGAUACUAUACUCAAUCUCACCUUGGUGUCUCGCAUUUUAUUGAUGUUCCAUUGGUUCCUGAUACCACUGAUAAAUACUGCCUUGGAGGGUCCAAAGUUCUCCAACAGUUUGAUAAGAAGUUAAUUCCGAUUGUGUCAAACACAACACUUGCUAUAAUUGAUCAGCAACAUCAAAAUACAACAUCAAAAUACAGCCAUUGCGAUAAUAUGCAUGCUUUCCCAGUAAACUUUGGCCUUAAAGGAGAGGCUCUGAGCUCUACUUCUGACGUUUCUUUGUUGGAAGUUGUUGCUCAAACUCAUGGGAGGCCAAAUGAACAUCGUAAGGUUUUGAAGUGUUUGUUCCUUGGAAUUGCUGAUUGUAGACAGGAUGUUGGUAUAACAGAUAUCAAUUCCAGAUUUGUUUCCAAAGGACCAAUACAUAAAUUACUUGAUAACAUAGCUAUGAGUUUUGACGGUGCUUUUGACAUUGAGAAGCAAAGUAGAUCUCGGAUAUAUCCACUUUUUUGUUGAACCGCAACUGUCCAAGAUCUUUGUACGAUUCGACUUUGGAGCCUUCAAAGACCUCUGUGGAAUUUAAGGUGAGAUUUUUUGUUGGGAUUUUAUGGUUUAAUUUGUUUUGGGGUUAGGAAACAAAUGUGAGGCUUUGGAUUUAUUUUAUAGAAUUGUGUUUAUGUUAGUGUUUGUUUUGUGAGAAUUGGUUUGAGUUGUUUUCUAUAAAACAAUAUUUCAAAACACCUAAUCAUUUUUUGAAACUUCAAUAUGAGUGAAAUUAAUAGGUUAAAACUGGCUAAACCAUUAUUUAUUACUAAAUCCUAUUGGAUUACAAAGCAUUAAAAGGAACCCCUGACCCCAGCAAGGUCCUUGCAUCACUGCUGUUCCCUGAGAACAAAAUAAUAUCCCUUUGUUUUGGGAGAACAAUGCUAAACCACAUUUCUAGCUUCUUUUGGUUUCAAAACCAAACAGGCCAAUGUAAACAAGGACAUGUCAUACAUUUGUUUUACUGAUUGGAGUAUUGUAUUUCGUAGUACAAUGUGCUGUUGUUUCCUGAUACUGAAAAUUCUUCCAGUUUGAACUUAAGUCUCAUGGUUUUUGCUUACCCAAUCAUUUCUGCUUCCCUUUAAAUGGAUUUUGCGGUUUUAAAAAAUAAUUUACGUCAAUUUUCAUAGGUCUAGAUGUAUGCUACAUCAAUCUUCUUGGAGCCUUGUUAUCAUCAAGAAAUGGUGAAAUCCAGCUAUAUAAUGAUUUUUUGAUUUCUGAUCUAGUAUUUUUUGAAAUGAUAUGGUUCUUUGUUGUUCCUCUCUGAUUUCUUGGAAUUCCUAAUAGAAAUUUAUUGCAUACAUCGGUAAUGCUUGUUAAUAAGCUUGUGAUAGUUUUGUCACUGCACCACAAGAAGAAUUUUUGUCAUGGGAUGUAUAUUUUUCCCACAAGUAUCAAUUUUGGAUUUUACUUGCCCCAGGGCUUUGGUAAGUGAUGAGGACUCAAAACGGGAUUGUGAUAGGGAGAAUGUCACAAAUUUGUUGAAUCCUAUCAUCGACAAUGAACCUGAUAUUUUAGUGGGGACAGGGUAAGGAGGUGGCUCGUAUUCUCAGGAGUUUUUAACUUGUAGGUCAAUCUGGGCCAUUUGAUAUCACCAUAAAAUUUUCUGUUAUUCAAAAAAUAUUUGAGCCCAACCAGAAUAUUUAGAUUGAUCUUCACUCUUCCGCUGCGUAGGUGGGAAACACGGCUUUGACCUAUUAAAUAUGCUAACAGUGUUGAUCUUCGGCAUUAUUCUAGAGACUCAUUAGCUUUUGAGGAUACCUUUUUAUGUAUCCUUUCAAAAGGUAUCAACAUACCUCCUUCAUUUUACCAAGGCAAAGAAGAAUUCUUUGCCCCGAGUGAGUCUUCAAGAAAGGCAGCAGGAAAUAAUAAUAUUAAGACUGUUCAUGAUGUGCUACUCAUGCCAGAUAAUUUGUCCUUUAGUGCUUGUUUGUAUUUAUAUAAAUCAAUGGGAACUCGCAAAUGGAUUGAUGCUGGAAAUCGAGGUAAAACAGAUGAGCUUAUAAGGCAAAAAGAUUAAGACUGUUCAUGAUGUGAUGCGAGUGAGUCUUCAAUAAAGGCUGGACGAAAUAACUAUGUUAAGAAUGUUCAUGUCUUCAUGAUGUGCCACUCAUACCCUAAGUUGCUCAGACUCUCCAAAUAUGUUGCUGCACCCGUGUGGAUCCUCCAAAAUUGCACCACUUUUGAAGGAUCUGACACGCACUUGAUGAUAUUUUUGAAGAGUCCGAGAAACAUACUCAUACCAGGCAAUUUGUCCUUGAGUGCUUGUUUGUGUUAUAAUCAAUGAUGACAGAAAAGGUGUACAACUAAUUAAUGUUCUUUUCUAUCAUGCAGCAACUUGAGCAGUAUGGAGACUACAUCAUUCUGCAGAAGCUAUCUGCUCGGAGCUUCCACAGCUGUCAUCCCAACAAUGUGAUCCGUAUACUUCAGCUAGAACAAUUAUUUCCUAAUUUGCAGAUAGAUGACUUCAUGAACUAGACUAAUCUACAAUAUAGAAAAUCAUCCUUUUAGUUUUAACAGUUAUACAACUGACAUUAACUUAAAUCCUGGCCAUCUAAAGUGUUGGUGUUGGAUAUUUGAUGCUUACUCUUUGAUUUAAAAACAUACAAAAUCGAGUAAGGAAUUUUUCAUUUAUAUGUUUUUUUUUACUUUCUAAUAUAUAGUUAUUGCCUAUUGGAACAAGAAAUCAUCAAAUGGAAAAUAUUAGUAAAACAGUAGUAAAAGUGAGGCAUCGAAAGGCAAUAGGCAAACAAAUUGCAGCUAACAUGCCUACUCCAGCUAAGGUUAGAACAUGUAGUUACUGCUCCAGCCAAGGUUUUGGAUUAUAUCAUGUUGAUGUCUUAAGGUAAAAUACAAGAAAAAAAAUCUGAAAAAGUGAGUUACAUGUCCAAUGGUUAAGGUAGUUUAUAUCUGAGCUGAGAUCUAUAUACCUGAUUUCAUUAUACAAGCAAUAAAUAAAUAAAGGCUGCUAGUGUGGUUACUGUUAGUCUGACAUGUAACCUGUGUUCCUUGCAAGAUAUUUGGUAGAACUUCUUCCUUCCUAAAUUUAUUAACUUGGUUAUUCCUGUUCUGUGUGUAUUCCAAAGUGAGUUUCCAAUUUUCCAGUUUUCUUUGUUUGAAUGUCAUUUUCACUAAAAUGUGACGUCAUCUCGUUUUGCUAACUAGGUGUUGAAUGUGGAACUGGAUCUUUGAUUAUGGGCUUUUGGCAUACAAUGCUCAUCUCUUCAACACCACCGGACACUAUCUAUCUACUAUUGACUAUAAAAAUUGAGCUCCAUUUCCAUUGCAGUCUUGCAUUCAAAUGAUGGUUCUGGUUUUGGGAUUUUGACAUUCACAUGUCUAGGUGUAAUAUUACAGAAAUUAUACAGGAUUAUUUUCUCCUCCUAGUGGUGAAUUUACUUUCUUUAAGGAGUGCAGAGGUUGAAUAUCAGUUAUUUAACCUCUUUCAAUCUCAUUGAAUUUCUGUAAGUUGGCCUACAUACAUAUUUUGUUUUAUUUUAUUUUUAUGGUAAAUGUUGGCUGGAGAAGUGCCUCACUUUUUGCUGAA